AUGAAGUGGACUUUCUUGGUUUCACUUCUGUCUGUGACAGCCCAGGCCGCUGAACAUGUCGUCAACCAGACAACUUGCGCCGGGACGACAUACAAAUAUACCGGUCUUGCGGGCUAUGGAUUUAUUCCCUCGAACGCUACAGACAAAUACGGUGAUACAAUCGGAGGAAUUGGCAGCUCAAUUGCCAUUGACCAAUCAUCCUGGCAUGCAACAGGGUUGGACAAGUACACCGGAAUAGUCUAUACACUCCCAGAUCGAGGCUGGAACACAAACGGCACCCUCAACUUCCAAUCGCGCAUACACAAAUUCACCAUAACGCUAAAACUAGCACCGCAAGCAAGCCCUAACAACCCAUCCCCCCCAAACAUCAAACUCACGUACCUCGACACAAUCCUCCUAACAGACCCAACCGGCGCGCCCACAACAGGCCUCGACGCCGACAUAAUCGGCCACGCCAGGUUCCCCGGCUUCCCCCCACUCCCAGUAUCAACCUACACAGGCAACGGCUACGGCGGGGCCGGACCCGGCGGCAAAAGAGUAUCCCUUGACACAGAAGGACUCGUGCUCGACGCGCGCGAUGGCGGGUUCUGGAUCUCCGAUGAAUACGGACCGUAUAUAUACAAAUUCAACGGUCACGGACGCAUGAUCCAGGCCAUCCAGCCUCCACAGGCGUAUCUGCCUCGCCGGAAUGGCACGGUCAGUUUCAAUGCUGAUUCGCCGCCGCUCUAUGAUCCCAGUGAGGUUCCUGUGCCUGUUGAUACGGAGUCUGGGCGGGAUAAUAAUCAGGGGCUGGAGGGGUUGACUGUUUCGUCGGAUGGGCGGACGUUGUAUGCUCUUAUGCAGAGUGCGCUUGAUCAGGAGGGUGGGCCGGGGAAGACGACUCGUCGGCCGGCUAGGUUGCUUGUUUAUGAUAUUAGUGGGCGUGAUGCUGGGUUUGUGGGUGAGCAUGUUGUGUUGUUGCCUACUUAUGUUGAUUAUACGAAGAAGGAUGCUGCGAAGGCUGUUCGUGUUGCUGGGCAGUCUGAGAUUCAUCAGUUGGGGACUGGGGAUUUCUUGGUUUUGGCUAGGGACUCGGGCUUUGGGAGAGGGCAGGACGAGAGUCGCUCUGUUUAUCGGCAUGCGGAUAUUUUCUCGCUGAAGAAAAGUACUGGUGUUACUGAUUUGAAGGGUAAGAAGGAUUAUGAUGAGGCCACUGGGGCGAUUGCUUCGUCUGAGGGUGCUUUGUUGGACGGGAUUCUUCCUGCUGAGUAUUGCUCUUUCGUGGAUUAUAAUGUGAAUUCGGAGCUGGGUAAGUUCCGUGUUCAUAAUGGUGGUCCUGUUGAUGAGUUCUUGCUUAACGAGAAGUGGGAGAGUUUGGCGGUGGUGCCUGUGAGUCCUCAUUCAUCUGGCUCGGGAGAGAAGGAGUACUUCUUGUUCAGCUUCAGUGACAACGACUUCAUCACUCAAGAUGGACACAUGAACUUUGGAAAGUUCAAUUAUAAGGACGAGUCAGGCUACGACCUCGACACUCAAGUGCUGGCUUUCAAGUUGAAGUUCUAG